AUGGCAGAACAUUCUUACUACUAUAUCUCCAAAAUUUCCCGCCUCGCAUUUUAUACUAUUUGUUACCUGAUCGCUUGGGUCGACGUAGUAACUGCAAAACCAGACUGCAAUGCGGAAAAUAUAGUCCUUAGAUAUCAAAGGGAUUUUGAUAACUUGGUUAGAGGAUGUACAGAGCUCGGUGGGAAUCUGGGAAUAUCUAUUGCCUUUGAUUCAAUCUAUAUCUCUGGGGUCGAACGCAUUCGUGGGAAUUUAUUCGUCAAAGAUGGGCUAUCGGAGUCUGGCAAUAUGACAAAAGUUGGAAACCCGGCGCAGCGUGCAAUAAAAUUCGCCAGCCUUACCAAAAUCGAUGGAAAUUUCGAUGUCUCAAAGUUUGGGAAGAAUGUGCCCUACAACUAUUCUGACCCAUAUCUCGAUUUCUUUCGUCCGGUUGAUGUUGGGGGAAGGGUCUCCAUUCAUGACACUUCUUUAAGCUUGGUUAGUCUUAAAAUCGGUACCUGCGAAAAAGCGACAUUUAGCGAUAACAUAGGCCUCACGAUUCGCUUAUCCAGUCUCCCACUGGGUGUAAACGAACUCGAGCUCUACGGGAAUACAUUUUCACUAGCGGUUGACGAGGUCGUCCCAGUUUAUUACUUCCCUGAUAUUUCGGAGAUGGAUAAGGAGAUAUACAUGGAAGCUAGUUCGCUAAGUCUCGGAGAUAUAGAUUCGGCACUUGACCCUGUAUAUGCUGGUCUACGUAUGCCCAAAUUGGAAAGGAUCCCCAAAAUAUAUGUCAAGGAAGCGCCUUCUGUUGAGCUGCCAAACAUUCAGAAUAUCAGCGAUACUUUACAACUAGUUAAUUUGAAGGCAACGAAACUUGAGUAUCCCGACCUCGUUAACAUCGGCAGUCACAAUAAUGGAUCGUUUCUUGUUGAGAAUGCAAAAAAGCUCUUUAAGGUUGAUGUGCCAGCUUUGGAAACAGUCCAAGGAGACCUAAACUUUACUGGAAACACGCUUUUGAAAGAUAUUGGCGGGUUUGGAUCACUUAAGUCCGUUUCGAGGGAUAUGUUUUUCGAAGGCCCGAUAUGGAGCUUGACUUUUCCCAAAUUGAACAAUGUCGGUGGGAAUUUUAUCAUCAGAAGCUCCGCCCCGUUUAAUUGCACGCCGUGGAACGAAAAACAGAUACGAACGAGAUUUGCGAAAGGGGAUUAUGUCUGCGACAGCGAAAUUGAUCCCAGAUCCCUCGAAGCUGGUUUCGACGGAAGUUCGGUAGGCCAGGACCUGCCCGGAGACGAACCAACCCCAACCCCCCCGAAUCGCACGCCUGUAAUAGUUGGGGCUUCGGUAGGCGGGGUUGUGGCAAUCAUUGGAAUAAUGAUCGCGGUAUUCUUUUUCCGUCGACGACCUAGAAAGUUCCCUGAUUUACUCCCCGGAAUCGCUAUGCCGGAACUGGCCAACAAAGAGGCCCCUUUGUACGAAAUCGAUGCGAAAAAGACAGAAAUCACAGCCGAGGCUGUUGGUUACAUCCCCCCUACGGAAGUACCUGGAGACUUUAAAGCAAUAGAGAUGCCUGUUUUGGAUGCUAUUCCGGUAGAAAUUGAUGGUCGGGAACUAUUCAGACCACCUUUACCUGCUUUUGUUAGGGAUUCGCGGUUCAAUCGCAAGCAGCAGAAUAUAGAUAAGGACAACAAUGGCUCUACCAGAAUCCCGGCGGGAGAGGGAGGGAGAGAUAGCUGGAAACCUCACGAUGAAGCAGCUUUUUCAAGCGAUCGAAGACAAUACUUGAACAACUCUCAAUUCCAAAAUGGGUCCACCGAAUAA